GCUGGAACCGGCGGGGGCCGGCGGCGGAACCCGGACCCACCUUGCCCAGGUCCUGCCCCGAGCAUCGCCCGGUGCCGGGUGCCACCUCCUGUAGAAGACACCACCGGGAAGGGUGGCUGCUACCUUGACCUUGAGCAUCCGUCGAGGAGGAAGCUAAGCCCUGGGGAUAAAGAGCUGAGCGGGCACGGAGCGGCUGCAUCCUCUCGCCCACCACGGGGAUGCCCUCUCCAGUGCCCUGCUCACACACCGACCUGGGGAAGGCGGCUCGAGGCCAAGGGCCAUGGGCAGGGGCUGAGGAGCCCCGGGCAGUGCUGUGAGCUGGCCGGGGGGACACGGGGUGGUCCAUGGGACGCUGCUGCCACCACAGAGCUCCUCACCCAGGGACCACCCAUGCCACGGGAGGCCUCUGAUGGAAGGGGCCUGGAUCAACCGGUACCGCGAGCAGCUGGCGAGGUCCAUCUUUCUGCAGUUCCUGGAGGAGAUCAUCUCCCACCUGUGCAGGCUGGAGCUCCUGACGGCCGAGGAGGCUGCCCAGGUGCAGGCAGCGAGCCCCCUGCCCGAGCAGAACCCAUGGUGCAGAAACACCUGGAGAGCCUCCAGAGCUCCUACGGGAACGGCCUGGAGCCAGGAGCCCUGCAGCGCCUCACCAACCUGCUGCUGGUGGAAGGCCUGACCGACAUCCAGCAGAAGGAGCACGACAUCCUGCAGGUUGAAACCACCAAAGGCCUGCCAAACGUAUCCAAGAGCAUCCCCCUGGAGAAGCUCUUCCUGCCUCUCUCCAAAGUCAGCAUCCCCCCUCGGAUCUCUGUCACCAUUGGCGUGGCCGGGAUUGGCAAGAGCACUCUGGUGAAGCUGUUUGUCUGCACCUGGGCAAAGGGGGACAUCAACAGGGACAUCAUGUUCGUGCUGCCCCUCACCUUCCGGGAGCUCAACACCUACGAGAAGCUCUCUGCUGAGCGCCUCCUCUGCUUGGCCUUCCCUCACAUCACCGAGCCCGGCUGCAUCUCGGCCGGAGCCGCCCGGACCCUGCUCAUCCUCGACGGCCUGGAUGAAUUCAAGACCCCCUUGGAUUUUUCCAACACAGUGGUUUGCACCGAUCCCAAAAAGGAGAUCCAAGUGGACAACCUGAUCACCAACAUUAUAAGGGGAAACCUGCUGCAGGAGGCCUCUGUGUGGGUCACGUCACGGCCGGCGGCGGCCAGGCAGAUUCCUGGUGGGCUGGUUGAUAGGAUGACGGAAAUCCGAGGGUUUGGGGCUGCAGAGAUGAAGGACUUCUUGGACCAGAUGUUCCUUGACAACAGAGACCUGUCCAGCCAAGUCCUGAAGCACAUCAGGGCUAACAGGUCGCUACAUGUCCUGUGCACCAUUCCUGGUUUUUGCUGGAUUUCUGGCUCCUCAAUCGCUUAUUUCCUGAAACAUUGCAGCGAUCAAUCCCAAGAAGCAGCUGUGGUCCCCAGGACCCUGUCAGAAAUCUACUCCUAUUAUUUUAAAAUGGCUCUGAGUGGCGACUGGCUGGAAAAGCCGAGAGAAACCCUCAGGAUCGAGCAGGCUGUGAACACCAGCAAGAAGCUGGUGGGCAGCCUGGGCAGGCUGGCCUUCUACGGGCUGCUGCGGAAGAAACACGUGUUCUACGAGCAGGACAUGAAGGCCUACGGCAUCGACCUCUCCCUGCUGCACAGCAGCCUCUCCACCCGCCUCCUGCUCAAGGAGGACAUGCAGACCUCCACAGCCUACUACUUCUCCCACUUAACCAUGCAGGAGUUCCUGGCAGCUCUUUAUUACUACACGGCGGCCAAGCGGACCAUCUUCGACCUCUUUGUGGAGAGCGGCAUGUCCUGGCUCAAGCUGGGCUUCCUCAACCACUUCAGGAGCGCCGUUCAGAGGGCGCUGCAGGCCGAGGACAGGCAGCUGGACAUCUUUGUCCGCUUCCUCUCGGGGCUGCUGUCCCCGCAGGUGAACAAGCUGCUGGCCGGGUGGCUGCUGGCGAAGGACGAGCACAGCGGGUUCAGGAGCCAGGCCAUCAGCGUCCUGCAGGGCUGCCUGAACACCGACCACGCCAUCUCCUCGCGCGCCGUCAACGCCAUGCACUGCCUGCAGGAGAUGCAGCACACGGACAUCGCCAAGGCCGUGGAGGAGGCGAUGAGGAGCGAGAGCUUGGCCGGGAUGCUCACCCCCACGAACUGCUCUGCCCUGGCUUAUCUCCUGCAGGUCUCGGAUGUCUGCCUGGAGGAGACAAACCUGUCCAACUGCCUCACCUACAAUGUGUGUAAGAGCCUGCUCUCCCAGCUUCUCUUCUGCCACAGCCUCAGGCUGGACAAUAACCAGUUUAAGGACGACGUGAUGGAGCUGCUGGGCAGCAUGCUGAGCGUGAAGGACUGCCAGAUCCAGAGGCUCAGCUUGGCAGAAAAUCAGAUCAGCAAUAAGGGAGCCAAAGCUCUGGCCAGGUCGCUGCUGGUGAACAGGAGCCUGAUGGUGCUGGACCUGCGGAGCAACUCCAUCGGCCCCACCGGAGCCAAAGCCCUGGCUGAUGCCCUGAAAAAAAACCAAAUCCUGCUCUCCCUGAACCUCCAGCACAACUCCAUCAAGGAGGACGGGGCCACCUUCCUGGCCGAGGCCCUGCUGACCAACCACAGGCUGGUGACCCUGCACCUGCAGAAAAACGCUAUCGGAGCCCAGGGCGCCCGGAAAAUCGCGGAGGCGCUGAAGCAGAACCGCAGCCUGAGGGAGCUGAUACUCUCGAGCAACUCGGUGGGAGACAACGGCUCCAUUGCCUUGGCCGAAGCUCUGAGGGUGAACCACAGCCUGCAAAGCCUUGAUCUCCAGAGCAACUCCAUCAGCAGUGCAGGGGUCACAGCGCUGACAGUGGCUCUCUGCUCCAACAAGGGACUCCUCAGCCUCAACCUCCGAGAGAACUCCAUCAGCAAGGAGGGGGGCCCUGCCAUCGCCUGUGCCCUGCGGAGCAACAGCACCCUCAGGAAGCUGGACCUGGCGGCCAACCUGCUGUACGAUGACGGGGGCAAGGCCAUCGCUGCGGCCAUCAAAGAGAACCGGGCACUCACAUCCCUCCACUUACAGUGGAACUUCAUCCAGGCCAAAGCAGCCACGGCCCUGGCACAAGCACUACAGUCCAACAGCAGCCUGGCCAGCCUUGACCUGCAGGAGAACGCCAUCGGAGACGAGGGAAUGGCCGCCCUCUCUGCCGCGCUGAAGGUCAACACCACCCUGGCAGACCUCCACCUGCAAGUGGCUUCAGUUGGCGCGGCUGGUGCCCAAGCCCUGGCAGAAGCCUUGAUGGUCAACAAGAGCCUGCAGAUCCUGGACCUGCGGGGAAACUCCAUCGGCGUGGCUGGGGCCCAGGCCAUGGCCAACGCGCUGAAGGUGAACCGCAGCCUGCGCCGGCUCAACCUGCAGGAAAACUCCCUGGGCAUGGACGGAGCCAUCUGCAUCGCCACGGCCCUGAAGGGCAACCACGGCCUCACCUAUGUCAACCUGCAGGGGAAUCGCAUUGGGCAGUCAGGAGCCAAGAUGAUCUCGGACGCCAUCCGGACAAACUCGCCCGACUGCGUUGUGGACGUGUGAGGGGGCCUGACUGCAGCGAGGAGGGGCCCGGGGGUCCCUCUGGCCAGGGUGCCUGCAGGGAGCUCCUUGGUGCCCAUCUCAGGGGCAAGGAAUGCUCCUGAGCUCCUGGCAUGGCCCAGGAGGACCGAGGGUGUUGGAUCAAGAGUGCAGGAGGGUCAAGACUCGUGUUGAAAGCUGAGGGAUGUGUAUGCCCAUGUCCCUGCUCAUCCAGGCAGGAGCUUCAAGGAAUGGGGGAAACACAAAAAGGAGGGAGAAGGGGCAGAUCCCACAUGCCAGACCUUGUUCUUGUGGGUGAUUUACCUGCUGGUGGCAGCAACUCCUCCUAUGAUCUCCCUGGUGCUUUUCACCCCUGGCUAAAAACAGCCCAGUCCUGCAGGAUCCCCUUGAAAUCCCAGACGGACACGAGAGAUUUGCUGCUGCCUUGCUCAGAUGGGAGCAGUGCUGUGGACCUGGGCACUUUCAGCAGGUCCUGGCUGUUGCUGUGCCCUCAGUAAUGGGUUGGUGCUGGCCAGACACAGCUGAAGGGUUUGGUAGAGCUGUUCUCUAUCGAAGAGAGAGGUAACCCAAGGUGUAGGAGUGGAACCAUCUAGAAAGAGCUUGGAAAAUAAAGAGUCCUCAGGAAAAUGGAGGAGUAUGAGGGUGAAUGUAAGAGGAACUGCACUGCAUGAGGGUGGGCUGUCUCCAGCACAUCUUGGUGCUACACCAGGACUGCCUUUGCUCAAACUUCUGCCUCUCACUUUCAAGGCUGGAGCUCUUGGAUCUCCUGCUGUUGUCACCGGUGUUCUGUGACCUUGGGAUACAUCCUCCCAAUGUCCCAGCUGCAGGGUCUGUCCCUAGCAGGUCACCUUUUUGGCUGCUGAGAGCAAAGGUGGUGCCUUCGUGUGUGUGGCAGAGACCCAGUGACUCUCCAGAGGCACCAGGUUUGCAGGUGACCCAGCAGCCAAACUGGGAACCCCCAGGGCCCCCCUGAAGCCACCGUCCCCUGUCCCCUCCCCAGCCCAGCCAGGACACGCUGCCACACUCCGGGCAGCCAGUGGCUGCUGCAGGGACCUGGGAGCUGAUCCCAGGAACACCGGGCUGAGCUCUGGAGAUGUAAAUACUUGGCAAUAAAUUAGUUCCUGGAUGA